AUGGCUCCUUCCGCGGUCAACGGCGACAGCCAAACCAAUGGCUACAGCAAUGGAGUUCCCUCAGGUUCCGGUCUCGACAUCACAGUUCUGGGCAUGAACUCUGGCACGUCCAUGGAUGGUAUCGAUUGUGCGUUGUGCCGAUUCCGACAAGAAACUCCAGAUUCGCCGAUGCACUUUGAACUGCUCAAGUACGACGAAGUGCCUCUCGAGCAAACCAUCAAGAAGCGAGUCAUGAACAUGAUCAAGCACAACUCAACGACUCCCGAAGAACUCAGUAUCGUCAACGUGCUUCUAGGCGAGACAUUCGCCGCCGCUGCCAAAGAGUUCUCCGCAAAGCACAAUGUCUCCCUCUCCAGCAUAGACGCCAUCGGCUCCCACGGACAGACGAUCUGGCUGCUAUCCAUCCCGGAAGAAGGUCAGGUCAAAUCCGCUUUGACCAUGGCUGAGGGUUCAAUCCUCGCGUCCCGGACAGGCAUCACCAGUGUCACCGACUUCCGGAUAUCGGACCAAGCCGCUGGACGACAAGGUGCCCCCCUGAUUGCCUUCUUCGACUCGCUCGUUCUCCAUCACCCAACCAAACUCCGAGCCUGCCAGAACAUCGGUGGCAUUGCAAACGUCUGCUUCAUCCCGCCGGAUGUGGAUGGAGCGCUGAACCCCAACUUUUUCGACUUCGACACCGGCCCGGGCAACGUCUUCAUCGACGCUGCGGUGCGGCACUUUACCAACGGCGAGCGCGAGUACGACAAGGACGGCGCAAUGGGAAAAGCCGGCACAGUCGACCAGGAAAUGGUCGACGAAUUCUUGAACACGCACCCGUACUUUGCCCGUGAUCCCCCCAAGACCACAGGACGAGAGGUCUUCCGCGACACCAUCGCGGACGAACUGAUCGCUCGCGGAGAGAAGAAAGGGUUGAGUCCGAACGACAUCGUCGCCACCAUCACUCGCAUCACGGCACAGGCGAUUGUCAACCACUACCACAGGUACAUGCCCACGGAGUACGGACCUCUCACCGAGAUCUACAUGUGCGGUGGCGGCGCGAAGAACCCCAACAUCACCGACUAUAUGCAACAGGCGUUCCCAGACACCAAGAUCGUCAUGCUCGAUGUCGCAGGUAUCCCCGCCGACGCCAAAGAAGCCAUCACCUUCGCCUGGCAGGGCAUGGAAGCCAUUGUGGGCAGAAGCAUUCCAGUCCCCACUCGAGUAGAGACGCAAAGAGAAUACGUGCUGGGCAAAGUCAGCCCCGGAGAGAACUACCGGAAAGUCAUGAGAAUGGGAAUGCAGUUCGGCGCAGAGCGUGACCAUCUGGCGCCCGUCAAGGAGUUGGUCAACUAUGUUGAUGGCAAGGUGUUCAACAACAAGAAGUAG